AUGAUCAGCGAGCUCAACGACGACGUGCUGCUUCACAUCCUCUGCUUCCUGCCGUCAGCUACCGACGUGGCGCGGGCCGCCGUGCUGUCGCAGCGGUGGCGCCGCCUCUGGGCGCUCGCCCCGGAGCUCCACUUCGCCGUCGGGCCGGGCUCCUUCGCAGAUGAGCAAGGCAAGGACCGGGAGAAGUUCGCCGUCUCUCGUCGUGACGCUGCCCGGCGGCUCAUCGCCGGCGUGGACGCCACACUCGCGCGGCGCGCCGCCUCCGGACGUCGGGGAGAGAGGUACUACUUCCACGACCACCACCAUGAGGCCGACGUCACGCCGCUGCGCUUCGGCGGGUGGCUCCGCUUCGCCGAGCGCCACGUGAAGGGGAGCUUCGCCCUCGAGCUGCCGCUGGUGGCGCCCGUGGCGGCGGCGGUGGCGGUGGCGGCGGCGAGGAGAGCGGCGUGGGAGAAGGCCAACAUCACCUCGAUGACGGACGAAGGGGUGGUGAUCUUCGUCGAGCAUGUCGCGCCGUCGGCGAACGCUGAGGAAGAAGAAGAGGCGGCACCGGAGGUCGUCGAGCUACCUCGGUCGACGAGAGCGGAGGUGAUGAGCCUUAACCUCGGAUACGCCACCGUCAGCGUCCCGGCCACCGGCGCCUUCCGCGCGCUCACCGACUUCACGCUCCAUCACGCGGUGCUCGACGCCGGCGGCGGCGACGACGACGACCUCCGCCUCGGCCACCUGCUCUCGUCCUCCUGCUGCCCGCGGCUGCGAAGGCUACGGCUCCAGCAAAUCGGUGGCCUCGCCGCGCUCCGCCUCGACGCGGCCGACACGCUCGAGGAGCUCCGGCUGGUGAACCUCCCCGACCUGCGGCGGCUGGACGUGGACGCCGCCGGCCUCCGGCAGCUCCGGCUCUCCGGCUGCUCCGGCUCUGCGGAGAUGGAGGCGAUGGCGAUCUCGACGCCCAGGCUGGAGGACCUCGCGUGCGACGGCAUGGUGCACCCUGACCGCCUGCGGUUCGCCGGCGCGGCGACCGUCCGGCGUAUCAAGAAGCUCUUCCUCUUCACGCACGGCUCCGGCAACGACGGCGACGACGCCAACGCCGCCGCCUUGUGGCUUCUCAACAACUGCGUCGCGCUGGAUCAUCUCGACGUGGCCUUAUUUUUCGCCAUGUGGAGAAAAACUUCGAACCUGGGUUCAAUUCCCACCACCCUCACCUAA